GGAAAACAACAGCCCUCUCUCCGCUUCCAAGCCUCAUCCCUGGGCGCCGCGGGAAAGAGUUGGAGAGUAGCUUUGAAGGAAUAAAACCAUGGAGGAUUAUUACUAGAUAAAAGAGCAGUGAAAGCUCUUUCGCUUUCUAAUUCGUUCAUGGCGAUUUAAACAAAGCCACUCAGAUUCUCGUCAUUUCAACUUCUGGGGGUUACUUGAUUUUUUAAGGAACAUAAUCAUCUGAAUGAUCUUGUUCUGUCAUCUUGAUUAAAAGAAAAAAUACCGAAAUUUCGGGUUAAAGAUGUCUAUCCUAGCAAAGUUGCGAUGUAUUACUGUGGAUGUGACGGGGACUUUGAUGGCGUACAAGGGGGAACUCGGUGAUUACUAUUGCAUGGCCGCCAAAGCCAUAGGGCUUCCUUGCCCGGAUUACAAGCGGGUGCAUGAUGGCUUUAAGCUUGCGUACACGGACAUGGUGAAGAAACAUCCGUGUUUUGGGCAUGCGGAGAAAAUGCCCAACAUUGUAUGGUGGAAAAGUUGUGUGAGAAAUUCAUUUGUCAAGGCAGGAUAUGAUUUUGACGAAGAGACGUUUGAGAAGAUCUUCAGGCGCAUAUACUCCACCUUCGGUUCAUCUGCACCUUACACCGUCUUCCCUGAUUCCCAACCAUUCCUAAGAUGGCUUCGUACACAGGGUGUGACUGUUGGAAUAGUUAGCAAUGCUGAGUACAGGUAUCCGGAUGUAAUUCUUCCAGCUCUCGGCUUAAAUCAGGGAUCUGAAUGGGACUUUGGCGUUUUCUCGGGUCUGGAGGGUGUGGAAAAGCCGGAUCCGAAAAUAUAUAAGAUUGCUUUAGAAAGGGCUGGAAAUGUGGCACCGGAAGAAGUCCUGCACAUUGGGGACAGCAUGCGUAAAGACUAUGUACCAGCGAAAAGCGUGGGUAUGCAUGCAUUGUUGUUGGAUAGGUUCAAAACACCCGAUGCUGAGAAUUGGAAGAAAUCCGGGGCUACAGUGCUUCCGGACCUGGUGGCCGCACGAGAAUGGUUGACUUCCGAGCAUUUGACUUGUUGAUAAGGUAUUUAGUAGUGUUUUUAUCAGGAAAGGACAGUGGUUGAUACUCUUCUUGAUUCAGUUCUUCAUUUACUUUCUGAUUUACUUGAAUGAGAGGCUCCUUUUUCAGUAACUA